AAAGGACGAGAACAAAGACAGACAAAGUGCAGUGAGGAUCCGCGCAUCUUCAGGACUUUGUUUUCUCCGCGUAAACUCAAGGAGGUCCGAGCGGCUCCAAAGUCAUGUCCAGAUCGGGCGACCGGACGUCUACGUUUGACCCGACGCACAGCGACACGCUGCUGCACGGGCUCAACCUGCUCUGGAGGAAGCAGCUGUUCUGCGACGUGACCCUCACAGCUCAGGGACAGCAGUUCCACUGCCACAAAGCCGUGCUCGCGUCCUGCUCGCAGUACUUCAGGUCCCUGUUCUCUGCGUCACACGCGCUCAGCAAUGACCAAGGCAAGGAUCAAAGCAGCGGUGGAACCCCGUCGUCGUCCCCGGAUGAGAAGCUCCUCGCCAGCCCGCGUUCCAUCAGCAACCUGGUGCUGCAGGGCUGCUCGUCCAUCGGGCUGCGCCUGGUCCUCGAGUACCUCUACACGGCCAACGUGACGCUCUCGCUGGACACGGUGGAGGAGGUGCUGUCGGUCAGCAAGAUCCUCAACAUCCCACAGGUCACCAAGCUGAGCGUGCAGUUCCUCAACGACCAGAUCUCCGUCCAGAACUACAAGCAGAUCUGCAAGAUCGCCGCGCUGCACGGCCUGGACGAGACCAAGAAGCUGGCCAACAAGUACCUCGUCGAGGACGUGCUGCUCCUCAACUUCGAGGAGAUGUGUGCCAUGCUGGACGCGCUGCCACCGCCGGUCGAGUCCGAGCUAGCUCUCUUCCAGAUGUCCGUCCUCUGGCUGGAGCACGACCGGGAGACAAGGAUGCACUACGCGCCAGACCUGAUGAAGCGCCUCCGCUUCGCCCUCAUCCCAGCCCCAGAGCUCGUCGAAAGGGUGCAGUCCGUAGAUUUCAUGAGGAGUGACCCUGUGUGCCAGAAGCUCCUGCUCGAUGCCAUGAACUACCACCUGAUGCCCUUCAGACAGCACUGCAGACAGACCACAGCCAGCAGAAUCCGUUCCAACAAAAGGAUGCUCCUGCUGGUUGGAGGUCUGCCUCCAGGACCUGACCGCCUCCCCAGUAAUCUCGUGCAGUACUACGACGAUGAAAAGAAGACAUGGAAGAUCCUUACAAUAAUGCCUUACAACAGCGCCCAUCACUGUGUAGUAGAAGUGGAGAACUUUCUUCUGCUACUGGGUGGAGAAGACCAGUGGAACCCGAACGGCAAACACAGCACCAAUUUUGUCAGCCGAUACGACCCGAGAUUCAACAGCUGGAUCCAGCUGCCUGCGAUGCAGGAGAGGAGGGCGAGUUUCUUUGCAUGUUGUCUUGAUAAACACCUUUACGUGAUUGGAGGAAGGAACGAGACAGGCUACCUGUCCAGCGUGGAGGCGUAUAACCUGGAGACUAACGAAUGGAACUAUGUUUCGUCUCUUCCUCAACCCCUCGCAGCUCACGCCGGCGCCGUCCAUAAUGGGAAAAUCUACAUUUCAGGUGGAGUCCAUAAUGGCGAGUACGUGUCCUGGCUGUACUGCUAUGACCCGGUGAUGGACGUGUGGGCCAGGAAACAGGACAUGAACACUAAACGUGCGAUACACACACUCGCAGUCAUGAACGACCGCCUCUACGCGAUUGGUGGCAAUCACUUAAAAGGAUUCUCUCAUCUGGAUGUGAUGUUGGUGGAAUGUUAUGACCCGAAAGGAGAUCAGUGGAACAUCUUGCAGACGCCCAUCCUGGAGGGCCGCAGUGGUCCCGGCUGCGCCGUCCUGGACGACAGCAUUUACCUGGUUGGAGGCUACAGCUGGAGCAUGGGAGCUUACAAGUCGUCCACGAUCUGCUACAGCCCAGAGAAAGGAACGUGGACUGAACUCGAAGGCGAAGUCGCAGAACCUUUAGCCGGACCAGCGUGUGCCACCGUCAUCCUCCCAGCUUGCCUGCCGUUUAACAAAUGACAGAUAAUUGUGUGGAAAAAAAAACCCUAAGGAUGGACAGAAAGGCCAUCGUUAAACAAAACGAUGCAGACUGUCGAGACAGACCGAUUGCAUAGGAGGUGUAUAAAUUAUUUUUUUACACGUCUGACG